AUGGAGUCUAUUAAUAGAAGACUAUGUCAGUAUUUAUGGGCUGACUGUAAUGCUUCUUUGGAGUAUGCACCUGCAAGUAAUGCUGCUGGUGGCCUCCUAUGUAUAUGGAAUAAUGAUUCUUUUUUAGUUGACAGAAAGGUAGUGGGGAGAGGUUUUAUUCUGUUGGAAGGGCUGUGGAUUAAAGACAAUAAGAGGGUUUCCAUAAUCAAUGUUUAUGCCCCCUGCGAUUUACAAAGAAAGAGACAGCAAUGGGAUGAGAUCCUUCAGUUGAAGACAGCUUCUCAAGCAUGCCUCUGGUGUGUAUUAGGUGACUUCAACUCUAUAAGGCACCAAGAUGAGAGAGUGAGCUCAGCUCAGUCAGUGGGUGUUGACCCUAGUAUUUCUGAAUUCAAUUCUUGGAUUUUAGACAUGGCUUUAGAGGAUGUUAGGUCUGUUGGGAGAAGAUUCACUUGGUGUAGACCUAAUGGCAGUGCUAUGAGUAGAUUGGAUAGGUUCCUCUUAUCAGAUGAUUGGCUGGUGCAUUGGCCUGAUUCUACUCAGUUCGUGCUUGACAGGGACUACUCUGAUCACUGCCCCAUCCUAUUGAAGUUAAAGAACAUAGAUUGGGGGCCAAAACCUUUCAAGGUUAUGGAUUGGUGGUUGAAGGAUAAGGGCUUUCAGCAACUAGUGCAGCAGCAAUGGGGCAAUUAUCACCCUCCAGGAUGGGGAGGAUAUGUUCUGAAUCACAAAAUAAAACUCCUUAAACAGUGUUUAAAGCAGUGGAGCUUAUCAAAUGGUGAAGCUAAUGCUAGAAAAGUUAAUAAUAUUAAAAACGAGUUGAAUGCUUUGGAGAAUGGAUUAAAUGACAGACCUCUAUCCCAAGUGGAAGUGAAUCUUAAGAAAUCCCUUCAAGUCCAAUUGUGGGAGGCAACUUAUGCAUAUGAAUCUAUGUUGAGACAAAAGGCUAGAGUUAAGUGGUUAAAAGAAGGGGACAACAACUUUACCUAUUUCCAUCGAUUGAUCAAUCAUAGAAGAAGAAAAAAUGCUAUUCAAGGUAUCUUCAUGGAUGGUGUGUGGGAGUUGGCUAAUAAUCACAAUCAACCUAUUAUAAGGAAGUUUGAAGCCAAACUUGCAAAAUGGAAGCCAAGAAGCCUAUCUAUGGGGGGCAGAAUCACUCUCAUUAAUUCAGUUUUAUCAGCCUUACCUAUCUAUUUACUAUCUAUGGGGGGCAAAAUGGAAAGAAAGAAGCUUAUCUAUUGUGUGGCUGGGGGAUAA